AUGAUACUCCACAGAGGCGUCCGUGCGGAACUUCAGACGGCGGAAUCGAACGGCAUGAGAAGGCUCCGCGUUCCAGGCAUCCUGCGUGCAGACAGGAGCCCAGCCACCUGGCUGACCGUCUGCUUCCUGGGGUCUCUGCUCCUCAUGGCUCUGUGUCUGCUUUUGCAGUUUGGAGGUAACUCUAACAACCUACUUAGCAGGACUGUAUCAAAAUACACAAUGAAGGUCUUCAAGAGGCUACGGUACAAAGUGCGGCUGGUGAACGGGCGGAACCGCUGCGAGGGCCGGCUGGAGGUGGAGCACAACGGGAGCUGGGGGACGGUGUGCGACGACGACUGGGACAUGGUGGACGCCAACGUGGUGUGCAGGCAGCUGCGGUGCGGCUCGGCCGUGGCCGUGUCCAGCAGCUCCGCCUUCGGCCAGGGGGCGGGGCCCAUCCUGCUGGACAACGUGGACUGCAGGGGCAGGGAGCCGGGCCUGGCCCAGUGCGCCAGCCUGGGCUGGGGGGUCCACAACUGCUACCACUAUGAGGACGUGGGGGUCACCUGCAAAGACACCUCCCUGCUAGCGGCGCGCGGCCAGGAGGAGCCCACAGCCCCCACCCCUGCCGUCUCAGGGCCUGUGGACGGCACCGUUCGGCUGGUGGGAGGGAGUAACCACUGCCAGGGUCGGGUGGAGAUCUACUACUGGGGUCACUGGGGGACAGUCUGUGACGAUGACUGGGGCAUGAAGGAUGCAGAGGUGGUUUGCCAGCAGGCAGGGUGCGGUCGCGCCCUGGCCUCCCCCACCAACGCUUACUUCGGCCACGGGACCGGCCUGAUCCUGCUGGACAACGUCAACUGCAAUGGCAACGAGCCGUCCCUCGUCUCCUGCUACAGCCUCGGGUGGGGCAUCCACAACUGCGGCCACCACGAGGACGCGGGAGUCAUUUGCACAGUAGAGGGCGCCAUCCGGGUGGUGAAUGGUUACAGCAGCUGCCAGGGCCGGGUGGAGGUGUUCCACGACAACCUGUGGGGGACGGUGUGCGACGACGACUGGGACCUGGACAACGCUCAGGUGGUGUGCAGACAGCUGGGCUGUGGACCGGCCAUAGCUGCCAAGGUGUUGGGCUACUUUGGCCACGGCUCAGGGCCCAUCCUGCUGGACAACGUGGACUGUAGGGGUGACGAAGGCCAUAUCGACGACUGCUUCCACCUGGGAUGGGGACAGCACAAUUGCGGCCACCACGAGGACGCAGGCAUCGUUUGCUCACCAUUUGAAAGCCUUGCGGGAGCAUCAAAUGAAUUUGGCUCUACACUGAAGACAGAUCCAUCACCGGAAGUUCACGGCCAAUCAGGGUGGGCGACUAACGGACAUGAUUCCGGGUUUAUCCCCUCAGGGGCGCUGAGGCUGGCCAACGGGACGCACUGGUGUGAGGGGCGGGUGGAGAUGUUUUGGCAGGGCCAGUGGGGGACGGUGUGCGACGAUGCCUGGGACCUCCCGGACGCCCGGGUGGUCUGCAGGCAGCUGGGCUGUGGGGAGGCCCGGCACGCCCGGGAAGGGGCCUUCUUCGGCCCGGGGGAAGGCACCAUCCUACUGGACAAUCUCAAAUGCAGUGGCGACGAGGCCUCCCUCUGGGACUGCUCGCACAUCGCCUGGAACGUCCACAACUGUGACCACUCGGAGGAUGCUGGCGUGACCUGUGCACUGUCCUGA